AAAACUGGAUGGAAAUGUACCUCAGAUCCCAGCCUAGCAGACAGACACUCUCUUCUCUCACCAGCAACUAAGACACAAUGAUGCAGUUAAGGACUUUCAUUUUUACAUCUGUUUUGCUCCCAUGGAUACUGUCUUCUGCAGCAAAAGAUGAAUACAUGGAAGUCAGAAAACCUACGAAAGACACUGUAAACUUUCCAGACUAUGACACCCUUCGAGACUCAGACACUGACCCAGCAGCAGCUCCAAGAGCUGAUGAGAUGCCGACAUGUCUGCUGUGCGUUUGCCUGAGUGGAUCUGUUUACUGUGAGGAGGUGUCCCCUGAAAUGUUUGCCAUUCCAGCACUGCCAAAGGAAACAACACAUCUCUAUGCACGUUUCAACAAAAUCACAAAAAUAAGAAACAAAGACUUUGCAGACAUGGCCACAUUAAAAACAAUUGACCUUACUGGCAAUCUCAUCGCUGAGAUAGAAGAUGGAGCUUUUUCAAAACUUUCAGAUCUUGAGGAGCUCACUCUUGCAGAGAACAGACUGACUAAACUUCCCAUGCUGCCCACCAAGUUGGUGUCAUUCAAUGCCAAUUUCAACCAUCUUAAAACCCAGGGUGUGAAGGCAACUGCUUUUAAAAAACUCACGAGACUGGCAUAUCUUUACCUUGGUAACAAUGAACUGACAGCAGUGCCCCAACUUCCAGAGUCUCUUCAUGCUGUGCACCUGCAUAACAACAAUAUCGCCACUGUAACAGAUGAGACAUUCUGCAAAGGUAACAACAGUCACUAUAUCCGGACCAACAUGGACGAGUUGAGACUGGACGGGAACCCUGUCGUGCUGUCGAAGCACCCAAACAGCUUCAUCUGUCUGCAGUCUCUCCCUAUCGGAUGGUACAAAUGAAAUAACCAAAGCAUGCUUUCGACUGAUGUCAACCUUGGGAUUGGGGGGGGAUGAAGGAUGCAGAUACACAGAUAGUAAAACUACUAUUUGCAAAAUGCAGUUCUUAAUUUCGAUUUUAUCUAUCUACCGUACAGUACAAGACUUUUAACGUUUUUACAUUAUCAAACAGAAAAUGUAUAAUUACAGAACAGCUUGUGUUUUUCUGUUUCUUAUCAAAUUUGAUCUACCAGUAAUGAACACAUCUGUGCAAAAUCAUCCAAGAUUAUUUCUUGUAUUUUCUCUUUUGUUACAAUUUGGUUGAGACUGGUUUGUCUUGGCAGGUGCUAUGCAAUGUUUGAAACACAACACAUCAAAAUAGACUUGUUGUCAAAUCAAUAUGAGACCAUUGUUAUUUCAUUGUUUCAUUUGAUUUUUUUGAACUAAAGAUCAUAUUAACAAUAAACUUGCAUGUUUCUCCAUCAA